AUGAUAUUCCGUCGAGGCCUACCUACUCUCAACUUUUUUAUCGGUACAACUGCUCUGUCGUUUCAAUUUUUUGUGCUGUACCCAUGGCAUAUGGAGCUUGACAAGGAAUUCCAUAAGCUAGAGAAAACCCAUAAGCAAGUUCUUGAAGAAUUCCACCAAGCCAAAAUGACCAAACUCAAUGGGAUUGAGCACUCAUUACAGGAACUAAAGGAAGUCGCUAUACCACUAAUGACCAAGAAAUAG